AUCUCUCUACACAGUGAGAAGAUACAAAUACUCCAAAUCCUGAAAAAAACAAGAUCGAAGGAAUCUCAUUCAUCUUAUUCUUCUUUUUCCUUAUUCUUCAUACGUUCUUUGUUUUAUGCUUCUCAGAAUGAGAAAUUUUUCAUAUCAAUUAAGAAGAAAUCUAGGGUUUCAGUCGAAGAACGAGAAGAUUCGGAUGAGGUUUGAAUGGAUCUGAAAUUGAAGAUGGGUUUGAUUCAGAUGAGGUUUUCGGUUUUGUGGAUUGUGAAAUGAAGUUGAGGAUCUGUAUCUUAUCUUACAGGAAAGAAGGAGAAGAGAUUGAUGCUGCUACUGUUAAACAGAUGAAAUUAGGAAUUAGGGUUCAUGCAUCUGUUGUUGCUGAUAAUUUGAGAGGGGUUUUGUGGAAUCAAAAUCUGUAGUUAUUAUGGUUGAAGAUCGAAGAUGGAGGUUCUAGUGUUUGCCACUGUUAAAGGAAGAACGGAUUGAUGAAGAAAUUGAGUUCAAAGAGAAAAGAAGAUGAGGUUGAAUUCAGAGGUUUGUGCUAAAGGGUUCUGCUGGAUUUGUUUUUAAUCUCAGGAGCUGUUAAUGUAUGAAACACAUGUUCAUGACGGAAAACAAGAUGGGUUAUGCUGUUGCGGUAGAGAUGGGAGCAAGCAGCUAGUUAUGGAUGGGUCUGAGCUGAAACUGAUGGUGGUGAUCAUGGCAAGGUGUAAUGGACUGAAAUAGAUGUAUGUGUAGGAUGCAAUUGCAGGUAGAAGCUUGUGUGUUUUGGGAGCAGAAGCUGAUGCUGCUGGUAGAAUGAGAUGUUGCAGUACAAGAGAUGAAAUGAGUGGUUAUUGGUGGGUUGUUUAAUGCCUGAGAUGCUGCUGCUGCGAAGAAUAACUUAAGGAAAUGGUCGCAGUCAUGAUGAAGCUGACUUGGAAUUGCAGGUGCAAGCUGGAAUGUGAUGGCAGUUGCGGUUGAUGCUGAACUGAAGUGCAGACAUGAAGGGAAGGUGGCAGUAAUACUGGUGGGUUGUGAAUUAAUGUUACAGGGAAGAAAUGAUGUUGGUGUUGAUGUCGUUGCUGUUAAGGCACUCAGAUGCGAGCUGAUGCUGAUUGAUUUGUGUUUUCUAAUCAUGAUUUAUCUUUCCCUCCUGCUUACUUGAUGACCUUAAUCGAACCGCUAUAAAAAUUUGUUUACAGAAUUUAAUGUUUUUGUUUUCAGAAAUUGAUGCUAGUGACAGUGGAUUAAACACAUCAAAUAGGUGCUUCCAGAUUACAAUCUCUUCACAAGAAGAAGACGAUGAGGAGACAUCUAAAGUUCUGCUGGCUUUAGUUUUUGCUCACACUGAAAAGCACCCAGAUGAGCCACCACUUCUGCACGUGAAAAGUUUAAAAGGAAUAUCAUUAGAGCAUCUCCAGGCGUUAAAACAAAAGCUUGAGGAGGAGUAUGGGUUGGGCAUUAUGAACUUAAAGCGAGGGAUUAUGAAGAACGUGAUGAAGAAUUCUUGGUAACUAGUGUUUGGGAAGUAUCUGCAAGCUUUGAGUAAGUUACUAUGUAGUGUAUGAGCUGAACUUAUAAGUAAAAAUGAUUUGGAAAUUUAUGUAUUCCCUUAGAGUCUGAUACUUCACAAAAUAUAAUUUGGUACUUAGAGAAUUUGAGUUCUUUUUUUGAUAUGAAUUGAUUGAACGUGAUGUUAAGAAUGUAUUGAUGGUAGAAACUAUUGUUGAGUGUGGACGAUGGAUAAUGUAAAGUGUAUGCAGUUGGAAUUC